AUGCAAAAUAAUAAUAAUAAUAGGAAAGAUUUAUCUUCUACAAUAGAUCAAAAGAAUGGUCAUCAACAUCCGAAUCAUCAAGAUGACUCCUCAUCAAAAACCAUAAUUUUCAACAAUUCACUACAAAAUUUAUAUGAUGACUUUUUCAGGGAUUUUAAUGCUGAUUCUCCAAUUCGGAAGAUUCUACCAUCGAGUAGAGAACAUACACCUGGAUUGGUUAAUAUCAAUGCGAGCCAGGCCGUUGUUAGGUUUAGAAAUUUAUUUUCCAAACUUCCUCUGGAAAUUCACUAUCAAAUCAUGUCAUUCAUGGAUGAUAAGACAUUGAUGAAGGAGAUCUUGUCGAGUAAGUGGUUAUCAGUUCUGGUAACUUUGUACAUUGUGGGAGGUGGAUUGGAAUAUGCUAUUGAUAAUUCUAUUAAUGUGUCAUCUUCGUCAUUGUCAUCAUCAUCCAAUACACCUAGUAAUCAUCAACACAAUAGUAACAAUACGAGUAUAAUCAAUGGUAUGAGUGAUGGAAAAUCAUUAAAGAACCGAUUGAAAAAAUCAACAUUUCAAUUCCUGAUUCAAACACUUGUGGAAAUGGCUAGGAAUGGGGAAGAUAAGAAAAAGUCAGUUCCCUCCACACCGACUAAACAAUCUCGUUCUCAAACCAUCACACCAAGAGGUAGAGAUACUCCAACUAGUGUAACCACGCCAAGGUCAGAAGCGAAUACUCCAAGAAUGGUCAGAACAAACUCUGCACACAAUGAAUUCACACAGUACCUUUCAAAGUUUGAUUUCAUGGAUAAGAAAAUUUCUUUGGAUAUGGAUAUGGCUAAUGAACUCGGAAUUCAACAAUAUUUGAUUGAUUUUAAUACUUUUGAUUUGAGAUAUUUUGGAGAUGAAAUUCUAGUGGAUAGUGUUAUUAGUAGCUUUAGAAAGAGUUUGAUUCAAAUUGGAAUUUUUAAGAAUAUUACUCGUUUAAGUUUGACUUUUACGAAAACCUUUGCUUUUGACUCGAUUUUCCCAAAUUUGAAAACAGCAUCGAGUAGCUUUUUUUCCAAACUAAUGGCAACAGGUCAGGACCCAGAGAUAACCAUCAAUACCAGCCCAAAUGUUGAAGAUCAAAAUCUGAAUCUUUUAAACUUUGAAAGCUUACUUCCUAGAAUUAGAGAGCUGAAUCUUCUCAAUUACUUACCAAAAAAGAAAGGAGAGCUAAAUUCUCUAUUGAAAUUAACAACCUCACUGGUUUCCUUAAAGGUAGUAUUUGAUGGAGUAACUACUGGAAGUAAUACAAUUGACUCUCUGCAACCUUUGGAGCAUUUGAAAAAGGGAUUGACUCAUCUCACAAUUGGAGGAUUGGUGCCACAUGGAUUUUUGGAUCAAGUAGAUAUUAUUCAAGACUUUCCAAAACUCAAAUCAAUUUCAUUUAACGGAGCAAUAUCCACACUACCUAUGAACCUGAGUAGUGGCGUUGUGGUUGGAAAUACAUCCAAACUUGCUUCCAAGCUUUUUCACUCCCUCUCCAACGAAAGUCAAGUCAUUGAAAAAUUCUUGAACAGGCUCAAGAGUUCUCAUCUUCAAUCAAUAGAUUUUUAUCAACAUAAGGCCAGUACUGAAUCUGAUACACUAUUCCAACAAUUGUUGCAGUAUCUCAAGAAGCAGACGUGCUCUAAUCCUAUUGUACUAUUUCCAAUGUUAACACGACUUUCCACUGUAGAUCAUGGAGCAGCAACUGAUUGGUCAUUUAUACUUUCUGGAGGAUUGGCUGAUCAAUCUUUCGUGCUGGGAUGUAAAAAUACUCUCCAAUACUUCCGUCACACUCAGAACGGCUCAGUUGAUGUCACAUCUGGUGUGCUAAAGAUCUUACGACAUCAUACCAAAUCAUUGAGAGAGGUUUAUCUAUUGUCAACUUGUGAAAAGGCCAUACUAGACUAUGCAUUCUUAGGGUUCCCUCAAGGAAAAUUCGAAAAAUUAUCCAAAUUGACAAUUGACCACUACAUGAUCAGCGAUGAAACCACUCUGAUUGAAACAUUGGCCAUUUGUCCUUCUCUAAGAAAUCUGAAAAUGACAAAUAUUACAACCAAAAAAAUAGAUAACACUCUCAAUCCAAAAUGUUUCAACUUACUCACCAGUUCCCAUAUUUUGGAAUAUUUGGAGAUUUCUAACUGCUCCAUAUCUGAUACUUUAAUUGCACAAAUUUUAUAUUUAUUUAGGAAAUCGUUGAAGAGUUUUUCAUUGUCUGAUCACAUUUCCAGUGGAACUCCAUCAGUACAUACCUUCAUGACACUUGUCGAGUCUUCCGAAAUUAAUCAAGUUCAAUCUAAUGACUUUACAUUAAUUAAUAAUGAAAAGCUUUUGAGAUGUUUCAAAGUUCAGAGUUUGACAUUUAACAAAACUUCGGCCACUAUAUUCAAUAUCCUGUUUACACUCUUUUCCUUCCCUAGUUUGAGAUCCAUUACUGUUUCCAACCAAAAGAAUGAUGCUGUUCCAAUAGAUGAAAUCGAGGCAAGUUUUAUCAAAUUAUUUAAAGCAGCCAGUGGAAAAUUUAACAACCCAACACUUUCCAAGAAAUCAUCCGAUUCCAGCAUUAGCACGAGUGAAAUUAAUAUCAUACCAAAAUCUCGUUCCGACACUUCUCUAUCCUCCAGAAAACCUAGAACUACCCUAUUUUUCCCUCCCUCACUUUCCCAUAUUAUUCUGAAGAACAAUUCUCAAUUCUUCAGUCUUUCUAUUUUAAAGACCAUUUACGAGUAUCAUUCCCACAGUUUAACAUGUUUAAUAAUUGACAAACCUGUAAAUAUCAAAGCUUUGGAUUGGAAGAAUGAAUUUACCGCAAGCGAGAGGUUAUGUCACAACCUCAAAUCUUUCCACAUUCACAACUACAAAUUUUCCAAUGAAGAAAUUCCAGAAUUAUUGGAUACCUUGCGAUGUUAUCACAAAUUGAAUUCACUCUACAUUGAAUUGGAUGGUAACAAUCCAACCAGAGACUUUUUCGAAAGAUUGGAAGAAAAAUGUACAGAAUUGAGAGAUGUUGAAAUUUUUGGAAGAGGAACAAAAGACUUGUCCUAUCAAAGUCUACUCAAUUUUGUCAUUCAACUUCAAAAACUAAAACGAUUGAGAUUGUAUUUUGUACCUAGAGUUACAACAACUUUUACAGGUGUUUCAAGUAUUGACGAUCUAAGGGAGGUCUACAGAUCUAGAAUGAAUAAGACACCUCCCGAGAUUGUUUGCGAGAGAUCGAACCUUCUAAAUUAUCCUCUCUUUUAA